AUCACUAGCACGCAGUCUAAGAUAGCAACCAAAAACAUGGGCAUGAUUCAUACACCAUAUACCAUGAAGUUUAGCACAAUGCGCUGCUGCGUGCUGCUUGUCUCCUUGGCUCUGCUCCCGCUGGGCAUGGCCGCGGACUCCAUCGGCAGCUACUGCUCAGGAAGCCGCUACGCGGGCAGCAACAAGGCCGUGACCAGCAUCAACUCCGUCCUCGCCGACCUCGUCGCCACGGCCUCCACCGGAGGCGGCUACGCCACGUCCACCGCCGGCAAGGGCAACAACAUCAUCUACGGCCUCGCGCAAUGCCGCGGCGACGUCUCCGCCAGCGACUGCGCGGCCUGCCUUGCCGACGCCGCCAAGCAGCUCCCCAGCACUUGCAGCUACAGUUCCGACGCCAGAAUAUGGUAUGACUACUGCUUCAUGCGGUACGAGAACGCCGACUUCUUCGGGCAGGCGGACACGGGCGCGGGCGUGAUCCUGGUGAACGUGCAGGCCAUGGACAACCCGAAGGCGUUCGAGAAGGCGGUGGGAAAAGUGAUCGGCAAGGCGACGGCGCAGGCGUCGGCGGCGGGCAGCGCGGGGCUCGGGCGGGACAAGGAUCAGUACACGCCGUUCGUGUCCAUCUACGGGCUGGCGCAGUGCACGCGGGACCUCGCGCCGCUGACGUGCGCGCAGUGCCUGUCCACGGCGGUGUCCAGGUUCGGCGACUACUGCGGCGCGCAGCAGGGGUGCCAGAUCAACUACAGCAGCUGCAGGGUGCGCUACGAGAUCUACCCCUUCUACUUCCCGCUCGCCGGCAACGGCGGCGCCGGCGGCCGCGCCACCACCGAUAUGACGAAGAACACCAAGAUCAUCGUGCAUCCUUGAUAGUUUGAUUUGAUACGUGUGUGUGUGUGUAAGUAACGCGCACCAUGCAUGAUGACGUGGAUAUAUGCGUGCGUGCAAGCAUGUGGCAUGUGCACAAUACAGUAAGAAUGGAGUGACUUGUGUACGUUAACGUUGGGUAAAGUAGCCUUGCGUUAGCAAGUACUCCCAGGAAUAAAGAUUUGCUACUGUGUUAAGCUUAAGCAG